AUGGCUUCUUCUAGUACCACUUCAGGCAUGCAGAAAGCCAAAUUUUCGGCCGAAAGCAAGCUGAAGAGGAUGGCAUCGAAUCGCGAAUCAGCGAAGCGAUCACGAAUAAGAAAACAAAGACAUUUGAAUGACCUGACGACACAGGUGAGUCAGCUGGAGAGUAAGAACAAUGUUAUACGGACAAACAUGAGUAUGACUCAUCAGAUGCAUGUUACAUUAGAAGCUGAGAACUCGGUUCUUAGGGCUCAGCUAGCUGAGUUAAGUCAGAGGUUGGAGUCUCUUAAUCAGAUUAUGGAUUGUUUCAACUCUAACAAUCAUGUUGUGCCAACAAAUGAUGGUGAUUCGCAGAUGCUUGGUGAUGAUGAUUAUUUUAUGGAUAUAUGGAAUAUAGUACCACUCGGUCUAUCCAUCGAAGCUUCUGCCGAUGUGUUUAUGUAA